GCAUUUUUCUAAGGCGAAAGCUAAGAGAGCCCCUCGGGGUAUGAAAAUGCUCUCCCAAGCAACCAACUGAGGGACAUCCAGGAAGCCAGUCAGAGAGCUGAACACGGAAGGCUGAAAUAGGAAGAGCGACGCUGAAGGAAGCGCCUGUGUCGUGUGCGCCCACCCUCCCUUGCAUUUGCAAUGCAUCUUUCUGUUUGCAGCCUCUCGCUCUCGCUGCUGCUGUGUGUCUUUCUUUUCUGAGCGCUGCUGCCGCGGCGGCGGCGGAAGGCGCUUGGUGCUGCUGAUGACCUCACGCAGUAACGUAGCUGAGCGGUCGACGGCGCUGUAGAUUGGCUGGCGCGGGCUCAGCGGCACUUCAAAGCCAGAGAGGGAGCUACAAUUGUGGUGGAAUGGGCGGAACUGAUCAUUGUAUUGCACACCUCUAAAAAAACACUGCCUCUGAUUUAUCAAUAUAAAAAAGAUCCUCUGAGAGGAGGGCACUUUGUGGGAUGGCAACUUCACUUCUAGGGGUGAGUCUGAGGAUUUCCCCCCCUCUUGCUGUUUUAAUUGGGUCCUUUUUAUUGGCGAUCGGAGAAGGGUUAAAGUAGCCCCUCUCUUGACCGGGGGCUAUCACUCUCCUCUAUUGAGGCUUUCAUUUUUGCCUUUCUCUCUUUAAGUCCAAGUGAGCUUGAGAGAAAAGAAAAGAGGGGAAAGGGGAGGGGGGAAGAGGGCAGUCACUUUUUUUUGUCAGCGUGCAGGAAAAGGUUUUAAGGGCAUUAGUAGGAACAGCCUCCAGAGCUUGGGCUGAGCUAUUCCUGUAUCCCUGGAGAACUGGCCUCUCUCUUAGCUGCUCGGAGGGAAAAAGCAGCUGCCUCUCUCGGUCUUCUCUUUCCCUGUGAGAUUUUUUUUAAAAUUUGCUACAGCUUGUUGUUGUUGAUUUCCCCUCCUUUAACAUUUCUCUGAGCCCGUCAUUUCCUGCAGGAAGAACCGCGCUUAGGCUCCACUCCUUUGGCCAUGCUCGCCGCCACCUGCAACAAGAUCGGCAGUCCCAGCCCGUCGCCCUCGGCCCUGUCGGACAGCGCGUCGUCCUUCGGCAAAGGCUUCCACCCUUGGAAACGCUCCUCCUCGUCCAGCAGCUGCAACGUGGUGGGCUCCAGCCUGGCCGGCGUCGGCGUCUCGGCCUCGGCCCGCAACGGCUCUUCCGCUCAUGCGGCGGCGGCGGCGGCAGCGGCUGCAGCCGCGGCCGCCCUGGUGUCGGACUCGUUCAGCUGUGGCGGCUCGCCGGGCUCCAGCGCCUUCUCGCUCACGUCCAGCGGCGCCGCUGCCGGCUCGCCCUUCGCCAACGACUACUCGGUCUUCCAGGCUCCCGGGCCGUCGGGCGGCGGCGGCGGAGGGGGCGGCGGCGGCGGGGGCCCCCAGGAAGCCGCUGCCCACCAGCCGGUCUUCAUCUCCAAGGUGCACACGUCGGUGGACGGCCUGCAGGGCAUCUACCCGCGCGUGGGCAUGGCGCACCCCUACGAGUCGUGGUUCAAGCCCUCGCACCCAGGCGACGCGGGCGCCUCCAGCUGGUGGGACGUGGGCGCCGGCUGGCUCGACGUGCAGAACCCCAACGGCGUCCACCCGGCCGCUGCCGCCGCCGCCGCCAGCGGGCUCCAGGCGGGCUCCUUGCACUCGCCGCUGGGCGCCUACAACUCGGAUUACUCGGGCCUGGCGGGCCAUUCGGCCUUCAGCAGCGGCGCUGCCUCUUCGCACCUCCUCAGCCCCGCCGGGCAGCACCUCAUGGACGGAUUUAAGCCCGUGCUGCCGGGCUCCUAUCCGGACUCGGCGCCCUCGCCGCUGACGGCGGGCGCAGGCGGCUCCAUGCUGGGCGCGGGGCCCUCCGCGCCGCUAGGCGGCUCCCCGCGCUCGUCGGCCCGGAGGUACUCGGGCCGCGCCACUUGCGACUGCCCCAAUUGCCAGGAGGCCGAGCGGUUGGGGCCGGCGGGCGCCAGCCUGAGGCGCAAAGGCCUGCACAGCUGCCACAUCCCCGGGUGCGGCAAGGUCUACGGCAAGACGUCGCACCUCAAGGCGCACCUGCGCUGGCACACGGGCGAGCGGCCCUUCGUGUGCAACUGGCUCUUCUGCGGCAAGCGCUUCACCCGCUCGGACGAGCUGCAGCGCCACCUGCGCACGCACACGGGCGAGAAGCGCUUCGCCUGCCCGGUCUGCAACAAGCGCUUCAUGCGCAGCGACCACCUCAGUAAACACGUCAAGACCCACAGCGGAGGAGGCGCUGGCGGCGGCGGCGGAGGCGGCGGCGGCAGCUCGGGAAGCGGCAAGAAGGGCAGCGACACCGACAGCGAGCACAGCGCGCCCGGCAGCCCGCCUUGCCACUCCCCGGAGCUGCUCCAAGCUUCCGAGCCCGGGCACAGGAAUGGCUUGGAGUGAAAGCUGCUGCCGGGCUCUGCCAGCGCUGCUGCAGAGGGACUCCUUUUUCUUGUUUCGGUGCCCCCCUGCCCCCCUUUUCCUUGCUUUUCUUUUUGCUUUUCCCGCCCGAAUUGAAUCCUCCCGCCUGUGUGCGAGCAACUUUGUAAAAAGGGAUCUGGACAUGUAAGUAAAGCGCAUUGAUCCACCAUCGCAGGGACUCGCGCGCUCCUGCUCACAGGGCCCUUCCCUACUGCAGUUUCAGCUCCUGCCCUAUUCCUGGCCGCCGGUCCUGCACCACCCGCGCGCUGCCUUCCUGGCCACGCGCGGGCAAGAAGGAGGAACUCUCCGAGGAAGUUUUGGUUCGCAAAGCAGCUGCUCCAGAGUAGCCCCACUGACUUCCACGCUAGAGAGGAAGAGGCAAGGGGCUCUCUCGCCCUGCUGGAGGGAGGGUUAGAGGAGAGAGAGAGAAAGAGAGAGAGAGAGAGAAAGGAGAAUGGGGUUGGAUCCAAAUCUGGAUAAACUACAGAGCCAAGGGCAACAGGAAGUGAGAGAGUUUUCCUGAUUUCUUGAAUGGGGGAAAAGCGUCCAUGAUUUCCCGCUGAAAGCACUUUGAAUAAAAGAUUGGGGGAAAGUUUUUGAUCUCAAAGGAACACUCCACGUUUUAAACUUCUGUUCAUCUUUGCUUUGAAACUGCAGUCCUGAAAACACUUCCUGUAGUGAAGUUGGUGGGAUUACUCUGGAGUAAAAGGGUUAAACCUGAAGCAUUUGUGUGUUCGCGGGUGUGUGUGUGGUAGGUGUGAUCGCUAACAGUCCCAUUUGCAAAUCACGUAGUAUUCCGAUUUGACACAUUUAAUUAGAAUAAAGUGGGUAUAUUUUUAAUAGCACUUUCAAGUAAAGGGUGUUAGUAGGAUAGCCCAAGGCAAUUUAGACUGUGAUCCUCGCCUAAUGCCCGAGGGGUGGGGAUUUUACAUUCAGUCAAAUUUACUUCUAAAUAAGUGUGUGCGUUUGUCAUUCUCUUUGAAGUCUAAAAGACUUACAGCCAAAUUAGAAAAUCCUAAAUUUCAGCAGAUCGACACCCGAUCCAAAAACAUUUAUUUUAAAGUAGCUGGCGUCGAUUUCAAUAGAAUCUCCGUCCCAGGAUCUCCACUUUACAACUCAUCUUAUUAAUGUUAACUCAGAAUUAAACCAUGCUGAGUUCAAUUGUUUUAGGUUGCAAUCCUAUGCACAUUUACUUGGGAGUAAGAUCCAUCGAACAUAGUGACUCUUGCCUCUGAACAAGCAUGCAUAGAAUUAGUCUGCACACGUCUCAUUCAAUUGGACUAUAUCGGUGUAAAUCCUCCUAGUUUAAGUGAAUUAUGGAUUGGGCUAUAAAUCAGUUAAAUUCAAGUUCUCAGUCUUAAUUGAUCGCAACCUAAAUCACGCUAAAACUUUCGUCUUAAAAAAGACUUGGGGUGUGUGUGUGGAAGUUUAUUUACUGUGGGAUGCCCCGUCUCCAAACACAUAUUUAUAUUUGUUCUUGGAAAGUCUCAGCCUGACCCAGCCAAAGUUAAGCACUCUGAAGUUUCAUUGAUUUCAUGCUUAACGUCCCACUACUGUAGUCAAUGGAACUUAAAAGCUGUGGUGCCUAACUCGUGCCCACAAUGUGUUUGAUUUCAGAUCGAUUCCGGUUAUUUUCUUCUCAAAAAACACCUAGUUUUCAAGUUUCUCCUCUGUUUCAAAAUUGUAUCAGGGCAUUAUUAGCCCACUGCAGAGUUACAGCAACUAUAUUCAUGCGGUACUCUGGAAAAGCCAGGAUUAAAAUCAUAAUUUGUAGCGUUGUUUUUCUGAUUUCAGGAAGUAAGAACAUCACCCUUGUUUUUCAGCGAGUCUGUAGUUUGAAUGCCAAAAAAGAGAGAAAGAAAGAGGGGGGGAAAUAUAGGGACAAAUAUUUGUAAAAUACUUCUGAACCUAAUGGUUUGUACAACGGAAAUCGUUGUAAAAAUAGCUAACAAUUAAAAUAUAACUCCACCAAUGUAUCGGUGUGAGAUGCAGUUGUCCAGGAGACGAUUUUGUAUAGUAUUUUUCUUGUACAUUACUUCCAGUAAAUAUUGAAAAUAUAUUGAAGUACACUUGAGCUUUUUUUUCCCUUCUAUUUUUUUUUCUUUUUGGUCACGAGAAAAUAUUAAAGCGUUAUUGUUGCAGGCCUAAUUAACUGCAUUUUUAACUUGUUCCUUGAAGUGUACAGCAAAUUGCACUUCGGGAUAUAGUUUUUGCUUGAAUAUUAAUUUAGAUAGGUAUAAGAUUGUAAUUAAGCAAACAAUAUUUGAUCAAUGUUGAAUGACAUUUAAUUUAAUGGAGCAUGUACUUAUUUGCAUUUGCUGGCAGUUCAGGUAUAGUUUAAGUGAGAGUUCUCCUAUAUUUCUAAACAGUGGGCUCACCCAGACCCAUGUAUUAAAUAAACUGUCCAAGUGAAACUGACUAAUGAUGGCCUAUGUGUAUUUCCUGAAAAUAAAAAUGGUGAAUGUUACUAAAACACUCCUGAUACUACAUUAACAGUUUGCAAGCACUGCAAACUAAUAGUCUCAUUGUAAUGUUGAAAUAAUUUUGGAUAUUUCACAUUGAAAUGAAAAAAGCCUUUCGCUGGAACACUUUAAAUUUGCAUUUUAAAUGCAUGAUAUGUAAUUGAUUUUUAUCUGUAAGAUUUUAAAUGGUAUUAAUAAACACCAGAUACAAUA